UGUCCGCGAGCCGUCAUGGCGGAACGCCGUUCGCGGUCUAGAAACCGCGAUUUAGCUUGGGAAUUUCGCCAAUUUAGCGGCCUCUCCAAGCAUUUAAAGAAGAUUAUAUAUGACUCUAACGUCUCCCUUGCAGAACUGAGGACUUGUGGUCAUUUUGAAGACGAGCGUGUCUCGGCCCUAUUAUUACAAGAUGAGGAUGAAUCUUUUAUGAAGUCCAUUGUCAGUGAUCCACCUUGCCUUUUGAUCUAUGGCCAGACCUACACAGCCAAAGCUACCAUUGUCAACAGACUGUUCGGCGAGCAGCUGCUGCGGGUGACAAAUAGCUCAGACAAUGCCAAGAGUUGGCGAGCGCUGCGAUUCCGGUACGGUACCGAGAGGCGGUGUUCUCUCACCACGCUUAUGGACAGCUUUGAGUUACUGAACGGGGAUUACAGUCCGGAGACAAACUGGACGGCGCUCCCGCAGCGGGAUAUUGAAAUCAGACCGGAAGAUCUCGGUGAUCCAUGUACGGCGCAGGCAACAACGGAAGUAACUCUCAACCAUCCGCUGCUUGCCACGAAGGCCGAGGUUGUUGUCGCACCCCACAACUGCCCAGACCUGAACUCGGUUAAACUCUACAACCAGUACUCUUCGCGAAUGCUUCCUAUUGUGCUCUUUGGGAUUGAGAAGGACUACCUGACCAAGGAAGAUCAAAAUGACCUGCUGGAGCUGAGACUAGUCCUUGCUGGUUUGCCGGUGCUGUUUCUAGACUGCUGCCCUCACAAGGAGAGUUCACCUAGACAGUCGCACGGUGGGGAGGAUGUGGGGGAUGACUCGGCUUAUGAUAGCAAUAAUGAGGACCUGAGUUUCCGAGGCGAUGAUCAAGGAGGUAGUACGAGGGCUGUGUCCCCCGCGCCAAGGAACCCCUCAAGGUUCCAGGACAUCUUGCAGGGGCAGCUGCGCGGCAUGGGAUUCCUGAAAGAUCCGACGGAGGGGUCGGUCUUCAAAGGAGGCCUGUCCCCGACUGAGGCCGACCUGAGUCAGAGUCGGUUGGAGAAACUUUACAACAUGCAGGGUAUACUGGUCUAUGUGCACCAGGUGCUUCAGUUGUACCUCACACGAGCCACCAACAUCCUCCAUGAUCUUCACCUCCAGUGCAUGAAUAUGUUCAUCACGACAGCCUUUGACAUGCAGCGAGACAUACAGAUUACACCCCGUAGGAUAGACUACGCCAGGCAACGUGAGGCGGAGCUAUUCGAAUCUCUCAAGGAACUGGCCAAUCAGAGACAAGAGGAGAUUCGGAAACUGAUACAGGAGACCAUCCAAGACAUGAAAGAACCUCUCUUACAAGAAGCAGAGAACUUUCAGUUUUCAGAUUUAGAGAUAUCCAUAGAUGGUGAGAUCAGCCAAGCCAAGGAGAUCCGAGGAUGCACCGCUCAGAUUCAGGAGCUGACUCUGAACAGAGUCAACACGGCCGUUGUAGAGAAACUCAUCAGCUCUGUGGAUUACUUACAUGAUAGCUUCGUAGGGACGCUGACGAGAUGUCUGGAGAGCUUAGAGAAGGGUGAUGAAGGACUGGUGGAGACCACUGCAAGCAUGGCGUUAAAACAGAUUUUGAAUUCAGCUUACCAGGUGGAAGUCACAGUGAAGACCAGUUCCUCAUUCAUCAAGGUCAUCUGGGAGCGAAUGAAAGAGAUUCUACAAUCCAUGAAACCCUUCAAGGCCCCUCCGGUUGUGGACAAGGACUGGAAGAGGAAGAUUGCUCUCAACAUGCUCAACAAUCUAGACGAGUCAAAGCUAGCCAAGAGUAUCUGCUCACAGUUUCGGUCUCGACUGAAUAAUUCCCAUGACAUGUUCUCAUCAUCGCUACGCCAGCUUGAGAAUAAACAUUCCGGUCGGCUGGAGAAGACGGAGGAGCAGAGGAUGAGAGUGAGGAAGGUUCAUGCCCCGCGGCUUGCCCGCUUAGCUCUGGACAGCACGUCACUACGAGACAUGGUCCUCUACGGUAUGCCGAAGCUGGAGCGUGAGGUUGGGCGAGGGCAGUAUGGUGUGGUUUACUCCUGUAGGUCGUGGGGUGGUCUGACAUCGCUGGCUGUGAAGUCGGUAGUCCCACCUGAUGACAAACACUGGAAUGACCUAGCCUUGGAGUUCCACUAUACAAGGUCCAUAAGCGAGCACGAGAGGGUAGUGACACUCCGUGGGUCGGUAGUGGACCACAGCUACGGUGGUGACGGUUGCUCCCCGGCCGUCCUCCUCAUCAUGGACCGACUACAGAGGGAUCUCCAUGUAGCUAUCAAGGCCGGGUUGGACUUCCCUGGCCGGUUGCAGGUCGCUCUGGAUGUGGUGGAGGGCAUGAGAUACUUGCACAGUCUGGGACUGGUGCACAGGGAUAUCAAGCUGAAGAAUGUGCUGCUUGAUAAAUACGACCGUGGCAAGAUCACCGAUCUCGGCUUCUGCAAACCGGAAGCCAUGAUGAGCGGAAGCAUUGUGGGUACGCCGAUCCACAUGGCCCCCGAGCUCUUCUCCGGGAAGUACGACAGCAGCGUGGACACGUAUGCCUUUGGGAUUCUCUUCUGGUACGUGUGCGCAGGUCAUGUCCGCUUACCAACGUCAUUCGAGCAGUGUGCCAAUAAAGACCACCUCUGGAGCUCCGUCAAGAAAGGCGUACGCCCAGAGAGACUGAACGUUUUUGACAAACCCUGCUGGGAUAUGAUGUCCGACUGUUGGGCAGGGGAGCCAGCCGACCGCCCCUUACUGGGAGACGUUCAGAUCCGACUGCAAGAAAUCCACCGAGGGGCGCUGGAGUCUCGUAGCAGGGCUGCGACAAAACUGAAGGACCUUACCAGCAAACAGGCGGAGCAAGGAAAGGCACCCAUACAAGAAAAAUGACCAGGCUGCAGUCAGAAACCAGCUGUAAUAUCAUAGAGUGUUAACUUGAAUCAGGGGCACUGAUGUACUUGUUUGUUUGUUUAGCUGGGAUGCGUUCCACUUGCGCAAACAUUGCCAACGUUUGCGUACAAACGCUAAUGAUUUUGAGUCCAAACGAGUUGUGCGCUGCCGCUGUUGGCGAACGUUAGCAACCAUAGGCGAAUGUAUAUCUGAGGUGUUGGUUGGUGGUUUAAAAAUGAUGGACAAGACGAAAGCAGGUGAUAUUAUUUUCUUGUGCACGUAUUUAUAGUGUGUUUUCGGUGGUUGAUAUUAACGCAGUCAGCUGGAGUUGAAAUAACAACUUUAGUUAGUUGAUGUAAUGAUUUACAAAAGAGGAUAAUACAGUCAAAACCAACGUUACAAAAAAAAAUAUGUCGGUGUCGCCAUCUUCAUUACAUAAUGCUGCAAAUGGUUCCAAUGACGACACCCCUGCCAAUAAGAGAACUCUGCAAAGCUCCCACUAGGGGAUAUAAACACCAAGCUGGCAACAGCCAAUCUCUUCAGUCUGGUACAUUGUCUAUGAUUAUGGAUUGCACAAAUCAAUAAAUUGUGAUUCAGUGACUAAUCAACUAGACUUUCUAGUCAUUGUGAUAUCAGCGGUUAGCUUGGUCGGAUUCGAACCCACAACUCUCUGAUUGCAAAUCCUGCAGUCUUACCACUGGUGAAGCUUUUCCCCUGUCAUUAAACCUCAAAGCAGGUUAAGUCAUGCCUCUAAACCUUUUUCAUGCUGCCUCCAUCUUGGUCAUGUUCCUCGUAUCGAAUAACGAUAGUGAAUGCUAAUAAUCAUUUUGCAAAUAUGAACCAGACUAUUUUGUUCUUCCAGCCUCAGUUUGGUAACAUUGAUAUCAAUGGUAAUGGUCUAUUGUGAUGGGAGACUCACUGUUCCAGUCUGGCUGGUUUGGGGUUGCUGAUUUUUUUCCCCCAUUGAUUUCAUUUUGUUUUUUGUUUCUUUCAAUCUUUGUCAUUUAUUUAUAAUUUAUCGAUUUCUUUCAUUCUUGGCUGUACUGUUUGGGAAGUUUGGAACAGGUUCCAUUCACUUGAGAAGUGUUCUCAAAUUAAAGGGGUUUCACAAGUCUACGGAUUCGUCAACUCUUUGUUGUGUGUUCUAGGGUCGCUUAACCACUUUAAGAUGGCUGUUAACAAAGUCUACAGGAGUUCAUACACAUUCCUUAAAAAACCGGCUAGGCUCGUUAAGAAUUAUUUUACACAUGGUGGGGUAUCAAUAUAUAUUUGGUUUGCGGUGACAUCAUAUGUAAGUAAUACAUUUGAAAGUGUAAACAGGGUUUCUCUUUUGCCGUGCUUUACACGCCUAUAAAGUGUUGGUCUGAGAAAGACCAGUUAAACCAAAAAUUUAUUCAGUCAAGUAACAAGACCACAUUUAUACCAAAUUACUUAGGAUUUGGUUUACUUGCAAAACCUACGCCAACGUGUUUGUAUGAUUUGUUUGCCUGACACAAAACACGAUGACCGUGAGUCAAAGUUUGACGUGCACCAUAUAUGGAUGGAUAGAGUUAUCGGAACGGUCUCUAUAUCCAAAUUUGUACUCUUGCGAAACUUCUCUUUUAUGAAAGUACAUUGGAAUGAAUUUCUUUAAGUUUUCUUUUUAAUUACAAUCUUCUUGGCAUUUUUGAAAAUUUAAAAGGAAUUGAAAAAAAGUGCCUAAGUAUUUUCUUGUUUACUGUCCUGAAAUGAUAUACCUUAUAUAAAUGUGUAAAUAUUGGUUGAUGUUACUAAAGUAUUAAUAUCACAGUUUUAUGAAACAAUGUCGUAUGGCCUUAACUAAAAUUGUGUUUGUUUCCCACAAAGCUUUGCUCUGAAAGAGCAUAUUUUUCUGCCGCAUAUCAUAUUUUGCUAUUUUAAAAUGCUAUAAAAAAGGACCACUCAAAAUACCCAGUUCAGGGUCUUUGAGAAACACAGGUUCCCUGGUGUUCAGGCUCAUAAAAUACUAGGAGCCUGGUAAUUCUAGUGCGCUGUUUUCAAAAUACUCUGACUUAGUCUUUUUGAGGUAUGGCGGACACUAUAGGAGUACACUGUUUAGUUAGGAGCCUGGUAAUUCUAGUGCGCUGUUUUCAAAAUACUCUGACUUAGUCUUUUUGAGGUAUGGCGGACACUAUAGGAGUACACUGUUUAGUUUGGGUUUAUACAGACAGAUUUAUCCAAACACCGAUCUCAAGAUCUGGUGCUUCUGUUCAACCGAGUUUACAAUUUAUGUUUGAAUCCCCGUCGUGACACUUGUGUCCCUGUGGGUAA